CCCGUGUGUUGGGGGGCGGGUGAGGAGUCCGGCUCCUCUCCUUUGUAGCUCGGGACUUGGUUUCUCCAGUCCCCGGGACACAGGGAAAGACACAGAGAGGAGUCUCGGGCUGAGGGCUCGCCGCCGCCGCAGGGCUUCCAUCUAGCUUCAGACCUUCCUAGAGGCAGGACCCCCCCUCGCCCCCCCCCAUGGCCUCAGUUUCCUCAUCUGUAUAACCAGCUGAAGGAGGAAACAGCCGACCCCUCCCCCCGUCCCUCUCCCUCCUCCCCCUCCCCCUCCCCCGCAGAAUGUUUGCCACGGGGUCACCAAGGGACCGACAACAGCAGCGGGGCGGCCGCCUGGCGCUGGGCAAGAUAAACUCUCCUAUCCCGGGGAGAAUCCAAGGCGCCCGCCUCUGUUGCCCACCCGUAGUCAGGAGAGAAUUAUCCCAAGUAAAGACGGCACGAAAGGCCAGCGGCCGCCAAACUCCUCCCGGGGACUGGACCCCAGACUGAGGGGCCCACAGGCACCCGACACCUCUACUGAGCAUGCGCACAUACCCCGGGCACCAGAAAACUACACUUCCCACAAGUCCUCACGGGCCAAGCUGAGGUUGCCGUGGGGACCAGGACAGACACGGCCCAAAAGAGGCGGGGCUCACGGCCCAAGACCUUCCGGGAUUGGAGGCGACUUGGAGAGAAGCGCGACCGCGUGGACGGCACUUCCGCCAGCUCUUUUCCGUAUUCCUGGAAGGGCUCCUGGCCGGCUGGGCCGCUCCCUGCCCUCAGAUUUCCCGGGGGCCAGUGUCGGGUUAGCUUUGCAGAGGAUCCAAUGGCCCUGACGCUCUCUACAGCUGGGACCCAGCAGGGACUGGUGACGUUCAGAGAUGUGGCUGUGGACAUCACCAAGGAAGAAUGGAGAUACCUUGAUCCUUCACAGAAACAAUUGUAUAGAGAAGUGAUGCUGGAGAAUUAUAGGAACUUGGUUUGCCUGGGACUUGUGGCUUCUAAGCCCUCUGUGAUCAGCCAGUUGGAGCAAGGGGGAGAGCCCUGGACGCCGGAGGAAGCAGUCCCAAGCAGUGGCUGUGCAGAAUGGAAGAUUUUACAUGAAUCCAAAGAAGCAUUUCAAGAAGAGCUAGGCAUGUCAGCAGAAGAACUGCUGCAGGAAAAACUUGGGAGAAACUGUCCCUGCUUUUCCAUUUGGGAUGAAGACUUUGGAUAUGAUUUCAAAUUAGAGAGGCAGCAGAGCCCAGGAGGGCAGCAUUCUUGUCAAGUUACAUUCACACAAAUGAACUCUCUGAAUCAAUCAAGAGGCCUUGAAUAUACUGAUUAUGGACAGAGGGUCCUACAAAAACCAAAUCUUUUCCUACAGCAAAGAGAUGAAAAGCUUUUUGGUAUGUUUGAAUCUCAUAGAAGGUGCUUUAAACCACAUACAAAUGUGAGAGUAAAUAGUAGAUUUUGCUCAAAGAAAAUUCUUUCUAGAUGUCACAAAUGUGGGAAAUCCUUUUGCCACAAUUCAACGCAUUCUGGAACUUGUAGAAUCUGUACCAGAGAGACUUGUGAAAGGAAUGAAUGUCAGAAUACCUUUGGGCCAAAUCCAGCGCUGAGUGAACAACAGACAGGUGAGAGCAGAGAGAAUCCUCAUAAAUGGGACGUAUGUCGGCAGGGCUUUGUCAGGACAACACAGCUCACUCAGCAUCCCAGGGUUCAUCAAGGAGAGAAACCCUCUAAGUGGGAUGACUGUGCUGGGGUCUGCUCAUCAGAGAAAGAACUCACUCCUCAUUGGAGAAUUCACUCUAGGGAGAAAGCUUACAAUCACAGUGACUGUGGGGGCGCCUUCAGCCCAAGGGCGCAGAUCCCGCCACGUUGGAGAAUCCACACAAGUGAGAAGCAGUACGAAUCCCCCAAUGACUGUGGGAAGGCCUUCAGCCUGCAAGUGCAGCUCCUCCAACAUCAGACCAUCCACAGUGGCCAGAAGCCUUACCCGUGUGGCGAGUGCGGGAAGGCCUUCUGGCUGAAAGCGCGGCUCACUCAGCAUCAGAGGGUUCACAAGGGAGAGAAGCUCUUUCCAUGUGGCGAGUGCGGGAAGGCCUUCCGCCACAGCCAAGACCUGAAAAAGCACCAGAGCAUCCACUCCGGGGAGAAGCCUUACCCAUGUGGCGAGUGCGGGAAGGCCUUCCGGCGGAAAGCGCGGCUCACUCAGCAUCAGAGGAUUCACAGUGGAGAGAAGCCUUACCCGUGUGGCGAGUGCGGGAAGGCCUUCCGCCACAGCCAAGAUCUGAAAAGGCACCAGAGCAUCCACUCUGGGGAGAAGCCCCACAAGUGUGCGGACUGCGGGAAGGCCUUCCGCCUGAGUGCGGGUCUGAGUAAGCAUCGGAAACUCCAUACCGGCCAGAGGCCUUACGAGUGUGGCGAGUGCGGGAAGGCCUUCCGCGAAGGCCAAGAUCUGAAAAGGCACCAGAGAACCCACACCGGGGAGAAGCCCUACGAGUGCAGGGACUGCGGGAAGGCCUGCGGCCGCAGGGAAGAGCUCAAGGAGCACCAGAGAAUCCACUCUGGGGAGAAGCCCUAUGAGUGUCCAGUCUGUGGGAGGGCCUUUGGCCGCAGGGAGCAGCUCAAGCAGCACCAGAGAGUCCACACUGGGGAGAAGCCCUACAAGUGUCCGUUCUGCGAGAGAGCCUUCCGCCUGAAGUCCUACCUUAGGAGCCAUUGCUGCAUUCACACGGGCGAAAAGCCCUACCAAUGUCAGCAGUGCCAGAAGGCCUUCAUCCGCAGGGAGGAGCUCAAGCAGCACCAGAGCAUCCACACCGGGGAGAAGCCCUACGAGUGUGCAGACUGCGGGAAGGCCUUCCGCCUGAACUCGGCUCUGACUGAGCAUCGGAAGGUCCACACCGACCAGAAGCCCUACAAGUGUGAGUGCGGGAAGGCCUUCCGCCAUGGCCAAGAACUGAAAAGGCACCAGAUAAUCCACACCGGGGAGAAGCCCUAUGAGUGCCAGGACUGCGGGAAGGCCUUCAGGCGCAAGAAGGACCUCAAGCAGCACCAGAGAAUCCACUCUGGGGAGAAGCCCUAUGAGUGUGCGGACUGUGGGAAGGCCUUCCGCCUGAGGUCCUACCUUAGGACCCAUCGCUCCAGUCACACGGGCAAAAAGCCCUACGGAUGUCCGCAGUGCCAGAAGGCCUUCAACCGCAGCAAUGACCUCAAGCAGCACCAGAGAAUCCACACUGGGGAGAAGCCCUAUCAGUGCAGGGACUGUGGGAAGGCCUUCAUCCGCAGGGAGCAGCUCAAGCAGCAUCAGAGCAUCCACUCUGGGGAAAAGCCCUACGAGUGUGUGGACUGUGGGAAGGCCUUCCGUCUGAACUCGACUCUGACUUCGCAUCGGAAGGUCCACACCGACCAGAAGCCCUACAAGUGUGGUGAAUGCGGGAAGGACUUCCGCCAUGGCCAGGAACUGAAAAGGCACCAAAUAAUCCACACCGGGGAAAAGCCCUAUGGAUGUCAGCAGUGUGGCAAGGCCUUCAGUCAGAGCUCAGAUCUCAGAAAACACCAAAAAACUCACUCCAGAGAGACCCAUGACGAAUGAAACACUUCCCUCCA